UCAAUGAUCUAUUCACAAAUGAAAUUCUCAUUUGGAAAGAGGAAGAAUAUUGAAUCACCGAAAAUGAAUCGAAAUUUAUCAUCAUUUUUGAUUCGUAACUUUUUACGUUACAAUUCAACAACAACAAAUUUUUUACCGAAAUAUUUGGCCACAAAGAUUCUGCUAGAUGCUAAACGUAAAUCGAAUCUAAAAUUUGCUGAUCUAGCCACUAAGCUCAAUGUCAAUAAGGUAUGGCUAACAUCGGCUAUACUUGGACAACAUCCAAUCAAUGAAAAUUUAUCCAAAGAAUUGAUAAAAAUUCUUAACAUAAAAGAUUCCGGUAAUUAUAAAAUUGAAAAUCUUAUUCAAACACUUGGUUCAAUACCGGAUUGUCGUGGUUUGGUCAACACUUCAGUAACCAGUGAUCCAGUCAUUCGAAGAUUACAAGAAUUUCUUGAUGUUUAUGGUGAUUCAUUGAAAACAUUGAUUAAAGAAGAAUUUGGUGAUGGUAUAAUGUCGGCAAUUGAUUGUACAGUUCAUUUGGAUAAACAAACAUCAACAAUCGAUAAUGGUAAAGAAGAUCGAAUUGUAAUAACAAUUAAUGGAAAAUAUUUACAAUAUAAACAUAUUGAUUGAUGAAUGAAUUGAAUUGAUUGAUUUUUGCAAAAACAC